GUAAAUUAUUGCGGUUAAAAUUUUUAAUAAAAAUUUUUUUAUUAGUUUUUAUCAUGGUUUUGAAAACCGGAUCAGUAAUACAACUGGUUUACUCAUUGGUUCUCAGUUUGGGUGGUCCGACCAGGUCAACCGGUCGGCUGGCCGGCAAGCACAUUGAUUCUUAUUCAACAACCAAAGCUGAAGGAGAGGCGUUGGUUAUCAAGUCAAAUGGUGUCAAUGGGCUUCUAACUUGUUGCUUACGUCCUAGUGGUAUUUUUGGCCCUGGUGACAAGUUGUUUGUCCCAUCUUUGGUUUCUGCUGCAAGGGCAGGUAAACUUAAGUUCAUAAUUGGUGAUGGCAAUAACAUUCAUGAUUUCACUUACGUUGAAAAUGUGGCACAUGCCAAUGUAUGUGCGGAACGAGCUUUAGCUUCAGGUGGGGAAACGGCAAAGAAAGCUGCAGGGCAGGUGGUAGAGUUAACAUAUAGGUUGUUUGGCCCUUAUGGCAUGAAGGUUCCACAGUUCACACCUUCAAGAAUGAGACUCAUUUCUGGUAACAGAUCUUUUGAUUGUUCAAAAGCAAAAGAAUGUCUCGGAUAUGAACCCCUCAUUCCACUUCAGGAUGGUAUAAAAAGGACCAUUGAGUCAUACUCAGACCUGAAAGCUGAAAAUCAACCUAAGAGGGAAGGGCCAUCCAAAGCUUCUCUAUUUCUUGGACGUGGAAGGGAUGUAUCUCCUCAGGAUGUUAUAGAACAGUAUUCAGCCAACAGUAGCUGCUAUGGCUUAUUACUGUCAAUUGUUGCUGACACACUACUCUGGAAGGAUAGAAAGCAGACCAUGACUGCAAUUUUAAUUUUGGUUGCAAUUUACUACAACUUCAUUGCUUCUGGUUCUACAAUAAUUACUGCACCGUCAAAGCUUCUCUUGGUGGUGUCAGUCUUCUUGUUCAUCCAUGGUUGCUUACCUGAUAAAAUGCUGGGAUAUACAGUUGAAAAAAUUCCUGCUUCACAUUUCCCGUUAUCAGAAGAGAAAUCACACCAAGUUGCUAUGUCAUUUGCCUCAUUGUGGAAUUAUGCCGUUAAUGUUUUGAGAUCUCUUUGCAAGGGCAAGGACUCACUGCUCUUUCUGAAGGUUGUUUUCUCCCUUCUGCUUCUUAGCUUCCUUGGAGCCAUAUCACUUCAGAGCUUAUUUAUCAUGGGACUGCCAACUGCAUUUGUAGCAUUCUAUGUAUAUGAAAGAAAAGAGCAAGAAAUUGAUGCUAUGGUGAUGGGAGCUCUCUCCACAGUGUGCAAAUUAAAAUCUGAUAUUUCCAGGAAGUUCUUAACUCUCAAGGACGACUAAUAGUUGGAAACAAAAGCGUUUAUUAACAUGAAGUGGCACCAGGGAUCUUCAUUUCUAAAUUAUUUGGUGCUCAUCGCCUGAUGAUGAAGAUUUACCUAUGAGCAUUGACCUCCAUCAUUCUUUUCCAGAUCUGUUUAAUGAUCUAAGAUGUGUAAUUUAAAUUUCUUGGGUUGAUUUUAUCUGCACCAUGUGUUUUCAUCUCCUUUUUGUGCAUAUUCUCUAAUCUUCCGUCACCUGCCUCACUGGGCCAUACAUGGAGGGGUAAACACAAAUGGAAGAAGUAGAGAAAAUGUUGAAUUUUUUUUUUUUCUCAUUUCUUGAUUUUAUAUUGUACAUUCAUAUUUCCUCAUGGUCAUGGGAUUAAUGUACCAUAGAAUAAAUAACACAUCUCCUU